GCUCGUCGCAAAGCUUUUGUUCAGUUGUUUCCAACCGUGCACUGGAGCCAUUUGCAGUCAUCAGAACACACUUAUGUUUGCGUAAAGCUUUCGUAUUGCGGGAAGUGGAUACUGAAAUAGUUUUAACUACCGGACUCACGGUGUUCAAUUGAGGUCUGUUUAUUAACUUAUUUAAAAACUCAUCAUGGAGGACGAGAGCAAAUAUCUCCCGCAGCUGCUGGCGGAGCGAGACAGUCUGGACUCGUCGUUCACACACGCCAUGAAACUUAUUUCAGCAGAAAUCGAGAAGGUUCAGAAAGGCGAGACAGGGGAGAAAGAAACCGAAAGCUACCUUGACCUCUUCACAACGACAAACAUCAAACUGAAGGAAAGGGUUCUUAUACCAGUCAAACAGUACCCAAAGUUUAACUUUGUUGGAAAGAUCCUUGGACCGCAGGGGAACACUAUCAAGAGACUGCAGGAGGAGACGGGUGCCAAGAUUUCGGUACUUGGGAAGGGAUCCAUGAGGGACAAAACCAAGGAGGAAGGCUUGAGAAAAGGUGGAGAGCCAAAGUAUUCACAUUUGUCAAUGGAGCUUCAUGUGUUUAUUGAGGUUUUUGCUCCUGUUCCUGAGGCAUACCUGCGCAUGGCACACGCCAUGGAAGAGAUCAAAAAGUUCUUGUUUCCGGACAUGAUGGAUGAUAUUUGCCAGGAGCAGUUCAUGGAGAUGAAGUAUAUAAACGGGGGUCAGGAACAUGCUGGCAGAGGCAGAGGAGGUCCACCCGUCAGAGGCCGUGGCGCCCACCCGGCUUCAGGAGCCCCCAGGGGCCGUGGUAUGCCCCCACGUGGAGGUGCUCGUGGUGGACCACCUCGAGGCGGAGCUGUUAGAGGAGCUCCCUCAGGGAGAGGCGGGCCACCAGCCCAGACGGCCAGAGGAGUGGCUGCUUCCCGUGGCCGUCCAGCUGCCUCUGCUCCUCCGAGGAUGCCCCCUCCACCAACUUCUCACCCUCCGGCCCAAGAAACAUACGAAGAAUAUUCGUAUGAUGAGAGCUACACAGAGGCAGCCUAUGAACCCUACAGCAGCUACUACAGUCAGCAACAGGCAGAGCCAGAAUACUAUGACUAUGGACAUGGAGAGACACAGGAGGGUUACGAAAACUACACUCAAGAUGACUGGAAUGGAACACAGCAGGCUGCUGGUGGUGGGAAAGCUCCCACUCAGAGACCGACUAAGCCUGGAUACAGGGAACAACACCCCUAUGGGCGAUACUAAGUCUGACUAGCAGAGCGCCACCCAACACGUCGCCAUGUCAACUGUCACCCUUGGCAGCUCACGCUUUAAGCUACCCGACAAAAGUAAUUGUCUGCUUUUGUUUUUUUAACUCUGGACAUUAUAAAAAGGAAAACUCAACAAAUUGCCAUUUAAAUGCCUCAAGAAUCAACAUUACCCUUUUAAGGAAUAGAAAUUAAACAUGGCUUUUUUUUUUUCUUUCCUUUUUUUUUCUUUUUGGCCAAUAUCUCUUCCUCUGCUCAUACCUACCCUUGCUUUUUUGCAUUUGUCGAUGGUAAAUGUAUGUUCCAAUGGAUGGAAAAAAAGUUUCGUUGAAAGGUGAAGCCCAACAACUGUACAGCAUAUUUUUCUGUGUCAUAGGACACCACUAAUGUGUUACCAUAAAAUCUCUGCUAAGGUGCAGUUGCAGAUUCCCAUGUAGGCUACAUUUCAAAAUUCUGUUUAAUACUAGCAUAUCAAAAAGACCCUAAACUUAAUGUCUGUCUUGUAAUAUGUAACAUAAAUUACUGAAAGGAAAAAAAUGUCUUUUAAUUGUAUUUCCAACAGCCAUUUGAUUUAUUCCUCAUUUGAUUUAAAUAGUCUUAAAAGCUGUAAAUUUAAAUUUAGGCCUCAAUAUUUUUCCUUGUAUCUUUAGAGUUUUGAAAUAUAGCCCAGUUAGACACUGUUGAGAUGAACUGUCCUCAAAUCCUUAAUUUGUCAAAAUAAGAUGUUACUCUUCAAAACAGUUCUGUAGAAUAACCUAUGUUUGGAUACUUGUGUUUAAAAGGGGAAAAAAUCAAAUAAGUCAGAUUACCAUGGAUGUCACCAUGCUAUAUAAACUGCAUGCAAAAUCUGCUUUAAAAGGAUUUGGACAACAAUCUCCACAAGGGUCAUCUCUUUUAUUAUGUAAAGGGAUACUGCAGCUAAAACCGACUCUAUUGUACAUAGUUUAAUAAAGGAAAAAGAAAUAAAAUCAACCUACAUCCAAACUGUACUUUACUGCCAUUUAGUAUUUGUAUCCUCUCCAUAAAAUGCAGAAUGACACAUGUGUAAGCUUGCCUAAAUAGGUAACUAAAUCUGUCCGAAACAUGUUUUGCAGCAGUUGUCAAUAAAGCUAGUUUGUUUUUUUAUGAAACUUUAA